AUGAAGCUAUUCAAUGUUCUCUUUUUUAGUUUACUCUUUGGGUACGUGACCGCUUUCGCAGAUUAUUUACUGAAGUCGUGUAAUGAAGCCGGGUUUUGCGUGAGGAACAGAGAAUAUGCAGCUAACAUCAUAAAUUCCAAGGCUUCCUAUUAUUCAAUAGACCCCAAAUCGAUCGAUGUUGAUGAUAGUUCAGGUACUCUGUCUGCAAACAUCAUCAAAACAAUCAAACGCCCUGACCGACACACUGAAAUCACAUUACCGCUAAAAAUCAGUUUCUUAAAAAGUCAUGGGGCUAGUUCAAAGUCCUAUUUCCGGUUUACAAUUGACGAAUUGAGACAGAAUGUGCCUCAAUCGAAUUUAUUGAACAAAUACCGUUACAAUGAGACGGCCAAAUGGGCAUUCGAUCCUAGCAAGCAAUGGGAUAACAGUCAUUUUACAAUUGAAAAGAAGAUCAAGAAUGGAAAAAAGGGAAUAGAUCAAUUCUUAUUUGGUUCAACUAGCAAAGAUGAAGAAUACUAUUUAAUUCUACCAAGAGAUGACGAAAACAUGGCAAUUGAAUUAUUUUUAGAUUCCUUUCAAAUUAAUGUACUAAGCAAAGGAAAGUCAGUUAUGAGUAUUAACGAGUAUAACCUCAUGAACUUUGAGCAUUUUAGAUCUAUUGAAGAUAACUUUCAAAAUUUACUUGAGGAAGAGUCAACAUUCAAUAUGUUUAAGGACAACUUUAGAUACAGUCAAGACGAUAAAAUUCCAUUUGGUCCUGAAUCUGUAGGGAUCGACUUUGUAUUCAAGAAUGCUAAAGCUGUUUAUGGUAUCCCAGAGCAUGCAGAUUCGUUGAAAUUAAAGGAUACUCGCGAAACUGACCCUUACAGAUUAUUUAAUGUGGAUGUCUUUGAGUAUUUCGUCGAUUCUCCUUCACCUAUGUAUGGUGCAAUUCCGUUUAUGUUUGGUGUCAGUAAGGAUGUUACCACCGGAUUGUUUUGGGUUAAUAGUGCUGAUACAUGGAUAGAUAUUCAUUAUUCUUCCGUCAAUACAGAUCAGGUCAAUACACAUUGGUUUUCAGAGAAUGGUGUUAUAGAUGUAGUUGUUUUUGUGGCUGAGAACCCAUCUGAUAUUCUUGAGCAGUAUACGGACUUGACAGGUAGGCCUUUCCUACCACUGCAGUCAUCUAUUGGGUAUCAUCAAUGUCGUUGGAAUUAUAAUGAUGAAUAUGAUGUUUUGAGUGUACAGAACGAAAUGGAUAAAGCGCAUAUACCUUUUGAUAUAAUCUGGCUUGACUUGGAAUAUACUGAUGAUAGAAAAUACUUUACAUGGAAAGAUGAAUCCUUCCCUAAUCCUAGAAGAUUAUUGGAGAAAUUAUCUCAAUUUGGUAGGCAAUUAGUCGUUUUGAUCGACCCUCAUCUGAAAUCUAGAGGGAAUAAAGUCAGUGAUGCGGUAGUUAAAGGAAAAGGGGCUACAAAGAAUAAGAAGGGUAGAUUGUUUUUAGGUGAAUGUUGGCCAGGCCAAUCUAUUUGGAUAGAUACAAUGGGUCAAAUCGGGAGAAAACUAUGGAAAGGGUUUUUUAAUGAUUUUCUUUAUAAAGGGUUGAGCAAUUUGCAUAUCUGGAAUGACAUGAAUGAACCCUCUGUAUUUAGCGGGCCUGAAACUACAGCACCAAAGGAUGUUAUUCAUGCCGGAGGAUUUGAAGAAAGAUCAAUUCAUAAUGUAUAUGGGUUAACUGUUCAUGAAACUACAUUUAAUGCUACCAGGGAAUUCUAUACCGAUUCUGAAACCCGCCCUUUUGUUUUGACGAGGUCUUUUUUUGCAGGUUCCCAAAGGACUGCAGCUACGUGGACAGGGGACAAUGUAGCCAACUGGGACUACUUGAGAAUUUCCAUCCCUAUGUGUCUCUCUAAUAAUGUUGCAGGAUUUCCAUUUAUUGGUGCCGAUGUUGCUGGUUUUUCUGGAAAUCCUGAGCCAGAGCUCUUAGUUAGAUGGUAUCAGGCUGGUCUUUGGUAUCCAUUCUUCCGGGCUCAUGCUCAUAUAGACAGUGUUAGGCGAGAACCAUAUUUAUUUGACGGUCCAGUAAGAAAUAUGGUGAAGGAUACUAUCAGAUUGAGAUAUAGAUUAUUGCCAACAUUUUACACUGCUUUUUACGAAUCAAGUAGAACCGGGGCACCAAUAAUGAAGCCUUUAUUUUUUGAUUACUUUGCUCAUGAAGAGUUGCUUGCUAUCGAUGAUCAGUUCUUCGUAGGCAAUUCUGGUAUAAUGGUGAAGCCAAUAGUGCAGAAGGGUGUCAAAGAAACAACUGUGACUUUCCCACCAAAGUUAUAUUAUGAUUAUGAGACAUUCGCGUUAGUUAAUGAUGAUGUAUCUGCUAUAACUAAUAAACAAGUAUCUGCACCUCUCGAUACUAUUCCAAUAUUUUUGGAGGGUGGUCAUAUUUUGUUCCAGAAAGAAAAGUAUAGGAGAUCCUCUGAAUUAAUGUCCAAUGAUCCUUACACCAUUGUUAUCAUACCUGAUGAAAAUGGUAUUGCAAUUGGUAAUUUAUAUGUUGAUGAUGGUAAAACGUUCGCUUAUUCUAACAAUGAAUUCUUAAAUACUACCCUUAAAUUCACAUCAGAUGGUUUAUUCAAUAGGCCUCAUUCAGAAGGAAAUCUUUCAGCCACUGCUAUUAACACUAAUGUAACGGCCAUUAAGAUCGUCACCUCGGGACUUGAAAGUUCUUUCAAAAAACAACUGAUAUCGAAAUUCUCUAGUGAUGAUAAUCUGAAUACUAAUGUCGAAAGCAAUCAUAUAGUCAUGAAGAUUCGUUAUGAUAUGAGCAAACCAUGGGAUUUUGUCUUCUGA